GUUUUACACGUUCAUCCCUUCACCAAUUCACACGUAGCACACAUAAUCUUAAGCACCAACUACACGGAAGCAAUAUUCAAUCAAAGGAUAUUGCGUAACACCGCGCUUGAUAAUAAUUUAAAUUUAAAAAAGUGCAACUAAAGCUGCAUGAAAAAAGAAAUUUGUAUCGAUUACCGAGUUCGUUAAAUAGCAACCAAUCAAUUCAUAAACGUUUUGAUCAUUAAAUGGUGCGACCAAUUAAUUAUCUAUCAAUCGCUUCAAACCCGAACAAUUUUGAGCCAGUCAGUCUCCCGAAUACUUGCAAGAUAAGAAGGAAAUCAUUGUGCAAACAUAUUAUUUGCUUAAUCCAUGCUCCGUCCGAACCACUUGAGCGAUAAUGAGCUGCAAAUUGACCACGGCAACGAUGUGCGAUCAUUUCGAGGUUUAGUGUUUGGCAACGUUCACCAUUGAACAGGUAUUCUUGCAACCGAAAGCAUGGGAAAAGACGGUACACCAUCUCGGGGCACCGUUCCAUACGAUCGGUUGGUGCAGGAUGCAGGAUCAACAGCUGAUUUUUUGGAAACGCAGCAAAAUAACAACAACGACGCAGGUAUUGUGGGAAGGGGCCAAGAGAUAAGGCGAAAUCUUCCCGUGAACAGUUCCUAUCGAAACAACGCUCAUAACGUCAGCAGUAUGGGUGGGGAAGAGCCAGAAGCUAGCAGUGCGGAACACGAAGAACUUUUUGCCGACUAUCGUGACGAAGAACGGAAAGUUUCUAUCGUGGAAACACCCGCUACGAACGAAGGUAUGGAUCGUGGCAAAAGAAAUGGUAAUCGGAACGUGAACAAUCGAGCAAUCGACAGAGGCGUCACCUUCGGGCGAAAGCUACUACUCGCAAAUCUGCUGAUCAACGGGUUAAUGUUUGCCGUGGCCGGGUACAUAACUUACCACUGUUUCAACAAGGCAAUGGUACUUUUCUCCUGGCAUCCAACGUUCAUGUCUAUAGGGUAUUUGAUCCUCAUGUCCCAAGCCGUACUCACGAUGUCUGGAACGAACUAUUUCACACACCGAUGUCACCAUAGGACGAAAGUGUUCCUACACUGGGUGCUACAGGCGGUUGCCGGUAUACUGAUAACGAUCGCGUCCGUGUGUAUCUUUCUCAACAAAGUUCGGCUUGGAAAGCCCCACUUUCAGACACUGCAUGGCAUUUUCGGUCUUGUGACCGUAUGCUUCACGCUGGCAUCCAUUGGAGGCGGUGUUACGACGAAGUAUGCUUUUCAGCUGCGUCACUAUAUAAGCCCGAUUUAUAGCAAGCUGAUGCACGGCAUUGCUGGAACCGUUGCCUAUCUGCUGGGUGUAACGACGAUUUCUUUGGGCGUUUAUUCGCGCUGGUUCCAGGAGGAUAACGAGGCAAACGUGCGCCUAACGCUGGUGAUUGCGAUUGGGACGAUCGCACUGUAUGUUGUCGUCGCACCGAUCACCAAUUCGGUGCUGCGAAUCAAAACUGCUGUACGGACUAUACAUUAAGACGAUCGGUCGUCAAGCAAAAUUGGAGAUCAAAGAUUUCCUUUCAUUCAUCUAAGACAAAGCGUAUAAAACUUAUUUACAUUUUAUUCCUCUUUUA